CUUUAUCGUACAAACUGUACCGCCUCUUAUCUGCAGCCCCACAUUGACGAUUGCUGAGGCAAUGAUAAUACGCUGAUAAGGAUUGCCUGGAUCAUCGGGUUUAUCAGCGCUUGGCCAUCGCUUUUCAGCUUGGCUGAUAUAAUUGAGUAUCGAAUGUAUCACGCGCGACUAGAAUCGACUUGGAUGUUUUGCAGGUGUUACAACGGUGGUAAUUACCGUCAGGCUGGGCGUGUGUACUAAUUACAGGCAUUAGAUAAUUAUUGCUGUGUUAAGCCAGCCGGGACGUUUUACUUUCAUUACUUUCCUUCACGGUCUGCUUGUAUAGACCGUGAAAAUUACGAUCUUUCGUGUAUGCGACUACAGGAUAUUACAAAGUACAACGUAAUAGCAAUAAUGAGCAAUACGUUCGCUUACUAUUACGAAACGUUAAUAUGUUAUACAGGAAAACGGUAAGCGAUGAGUAAUGCUUCAUUAUUGGACACACCGUAUAUCGUGCUUUCUGAUAAUUGCUUAUUUUUGGUAUCUUUAGUUACACGGUGCGUGUCCAAUUUAGCUCUUAAAAGUCCACUUCUCUACCCAUCACGUUGACCUCCUUUCGGUGGUCGACCGCGUUGGACAUCUCGAUAAAUCAGAUUGAAAGAUGCAGGCAGCACCUUUGCUAUCGUUCCUCCUGAUCCUUUUGUAUCAUUCGGGAUGGACCCACGGGCUCUGCAAGCUGAAGAACAGCACCACAGCAUGGUGCGACCAACUGAAAGACCUCAAGGACGUCGAGACGCAUGGUCUGGAGACUUUGAGUGCUCCGGUCGCACAAGACAUUUUAAUUCCUGGCCUCUUUGACAAUUUGACUAGCCUUAGGCAUCUUGACCUGUCCGAUGGCGAUCUGAAGAAGAUCGAACCAGGAAGUUUUCGAACUUUAAACGACUUGAAAUCUCUCAAUCUUGGGGAUAAUCGCAUCGAAUACCUCGAUUUAGCUUCCCUGGAGGGUCUGAUCCAUCUGCGAAGUUUAAACUUGCGGAGGAAUGUCAUCCGACAACUGCCACCUGCACUGGCGCGUUUAAAAAAUCUUAAGCAUCUAGAUAUUCAUGGUAAUCCGCUCGAGUGCAACUGCGCCACCCUCAAAGUCCGCGAUCUUAUCGUACAGAGGGGCGUGACGGUGUCGAAGAAAGUCGUGUGCGCGGGUCCCGGCAACAUGAAGGGCACGUCGCUGAUGAAACCAAGCGCGAUGAUCAUUUGUAACUUCGAAGAGCAGGAUCGGGAAAUGCAAAACGACCAAGCGGAAGGAUCUGGAGAAUCGGAUUUAGGAUCCGGAGACGUGUUGGAUGGAUUCAAUGAAGAGGAAGAAGAAGAAGAAGAAGAGGAAGACAUAGAAAAUAAAAACAGCACAUCGGAAAAACCGAAAGAAUCAGAAGUUGAAACGCCUUUCCCGACCGUGUUGAUAGAAUCCACGAUAGAAUCUUCCACCUCGAAAAUAACCGUGGAGGUCACUACUGGCACAACAAUGAAUUCUUUACAACAUAGCACGGAAGAUGAAGAAAUUUUCUUUGACAAUGAAGAUAAAAAGGAACAAAUAUCCACGACUGAGAUGUCGCAAAAGAAGAACAUUAAGGAUGUCUUGUUUUAUCCAACUGCAGGUUCGGGCGAUGGAGAUGAAAGUUCCGGCGAAGGAUCUGGUGCUACUGGAACGCAUUACGAUGAGGAGGAGACUGAGAAGGUAGAUACUAGUGAGGGAUUUUUUGCCACGGGAGCAGGCUUCUUGAAUACGCUUUUUGGAUUUGGAACUUCUGUGACUACGUCGACGACUAAAGAGCCAAAUCUUGAAGAGGAGGAAUUUAUACAUGUAUCGACUACUAAUCUGGCCACUGAGGAGACAAUCGUGUCUGAUAAAAGCUAUUCAGUUGAAGCCGGUAAUGAAAAAUCCACCGAGGUUACCACAAAGGUCAUACUACCUAAUCUUAACACGAACGACGUAGUGCUAGCAUCUUCUGAUAUAGUCGAUGAUUCUAAAUCUGAUAGUAUGAUGGAUAGAAGUAACAACGAACAAGCAGUAUCUUCACCUAAGCAAUCCAAGAAAGGCAUGGGCUCGUAUGUCGUUCUAGCGGUUUUACUCGCCAUAGUGGUAGCGUUGAUCGGUUUCGCCGCGUACAGAGGCGAUAUAUGUAAAAAGAGGAAGUCACGCGAUGUAGAAACCGGCACUGAGAUGAAGGAGAUACAGAAGUCUCUUUUAGAACACGGUGAAAAUUCAACUCAACCGAAGAAGGAAGAAAACACACCCUACGUAACGGAACUCGAAAGUGAUCCUCUCGUGAAAGUCAAAUCUGCUGGUGACGAUGCGAAAAUUGAUGAUAUCCAUGUCAUCCACGAUGACGACUAUCAAACGCGAGAACCGCCGCGUCUCAAUGGCACUGUUGAUCAUUCAGAACUCAUAAAGCCGCCUAGGAAGCAACUUUUACAGGACGAAAAUGCAAUUUCACAAGAUGAUGAGGUGAGAGAGGAGAGACCUCGUGUGGACAUAAAUUCCUUGAAGAAAAACUUCCUGGAGGAUAGGAAUCCGCAACCCUCUACUUCGGCGACGACCAAUGGACCGACGACGCAUUUUCCAGAGCCCAAUGGACCACCGCUCAGUCCAGGGGCCCAAAGAGUGAAGAUCACUUUGCAGGAGAUUCCCGACAGUGUGCCAAAGACGCCUAUACUCAUUACACGAACAAUGGCUGGUGAGAAUCUAGUCAAGACGCCAUGAAGCAGUGUCCUGGGAAGAGAAUCUACGAGAAAUAACGGACGUUAUAUCGACCGAUCGACAUACUCGUCUGUCGAACAGAAAUCGAAAGACAAAUAUGUGUGGAAAUGAAGGAGAAAGUUUUUUUAAAGAAUGCGACGUACAGAUGUGAUUUAUAAUAACAUUGUUGUUCCUAGGGCUGCACACGAUUUGACUCCUCGUGAUGGAUUUUCGUGAUAAAGAAAGAUUACCGAGUCAAAGACCAUAUACGACAGUGGCUAGGAGAUGGCUAUUGUUUUCGGCAGGAAGCUGAAAGUGUGCGAAAGGUGACUGAGGAACAGUUUGUAACCUCAGGCCAUGUUUCUGAAUAUUGAAUAAUUGGAUGCACGAAAUGCUAUAUGUUAUAUUUGCUAAAACUAUAUUCUGUGCAGGAUGUCCUUUGGAAAGAUAUUGCGUAUUAUUUUUUAUAUAUUUAUAACCAUAUCAUUCAUUGUGUUUAACUAUUCAUAAGAAAAUCUCGUAAAAUCAUAAAUUUUAAUUUGAAAAUUUGUAUACAUAUGAGCGAAGUAAAUAAAUGAAUUUAUUUACUUUUUAACAUUAGAAGUUUUAUAUUCACUAAAUGGAUCAAGCAAAUAAAUUACUAUAAAAAAUGGUGAAAAAUGUUUCAGAUUUUAACGAAUCAAGAAAAUUCAGGAAUCUUUUUUUAAAUAAGAUUGUAAUGUUAAAAAUCUAAGAAAUAAAAACGGCCAAUAAAAUGACCCUUUGAUAUUUCUAAUAUUAAGGAAUAAAGAAUAAAUAAAAAUUUACUGUUUAAAGAUCCAUUGUCGAAAUCUUGCAAUUUUUAUCGCUUAUAUAAUAUAAUUCUUAUCAACGCAAUUGUCUUUUCUUUUUAAUUUAAUUGGGUGAAAAUGAGCGAUAUUUUGGACAUCCGCAUUUAUGCUAUACGUGUAGGAGUGAGUAUAGCGAAUGGAGCAAUGUUCGAAGUUAACACUAUAGUACACUAGUCAGUCUUCCUAAAGAGACUCGCGUGUCCUACGAGCACCAAAACAUUGAGAAUUUAACGGUAUUCAUUAUCACGCGAGAUCGCAUCGCGAGGAUCCUUAGAUUAAUCGAGGAUCGACGAAAUGUUCGCCGUAUGUCAGGCAUCGAUGAGCAUUCCAGUUCUGCCAUAUUUUUUUACGCACGAACCAUCGAAGAUUAAUGAAACCGUCGGCCUUACGCCGUCUUUCGAUCAAAUCACAGAUUGUUUGCCAACGCGUACCUCGUAAUUUUUAGAGUGAAUUGUUAGCGUUUUACGUACGAAACGUUUAUACGCGAUUUGGAACACGGAGGAAUUUGUAUUAUAAUUCAAUGAGAAGAGUUUGCCAAUUAUGAAUAAUGACCUUUGGAACAGCUUUUGGUACGGAGCUACAGAGUUUGAACGUUUGAACAAUACUGUUAACAUUGUAGACCUAUUAUUCACGUGAGAGAAAAUAUAUACGUAAUAUCUUGUUAUCACGUUAUUACUGUUCUUGUAGCGGACGCGAUCUCCUCGCGACCUUAGAGGCACACGUUUCAGAAAGGCAGUGACUCGUAUUUUCAUGUGCAUUAAUGUAUUUAUUCGUUGCAUACGAUGCAAAUUAAGAGACAAAUUUCAUGUAUGCGUGUGACGGCACUCCAUCCUCCAUGAUUGCGUGAUUAUCAGUUAAAUGGACGCGUCAUGUAGCUGUGCGCACGGCGAUCGCACGGCGUGACAUGCGCAAUGCGUUAUCAUAUUAUCCAUACUAUUGACUAUUAUUCCUUACAUACGAUUCUUUAAGUCAAAAUGUGUCGAAUGCUGUUAAGCCGUAUAUGAUUUAAUUUUAAGGUAGCGCGAACCCCGUUAGAUCGAAACUUGUCCCAACGAUAACGCACAUUGUCAGAUUUAACUUAGCGAUAAAGUAAGGAGCUCAGUGAAGACUUUAUUUAUAUGUUCAGCCUAUCAAUAAAAGAGAGUGUUAUUUUGUUGA